CUGUCGGUGGCAUAAACCUCAGCAGACUGAGAUUCACACACACAAAACGAGAAACAGGCGGAGAGAAGAGAGACGUCAGGCAGCAUCAGAGUUGAAACAGAAGCACUCACAUCGACGAGUGAAGAACAGAGGCUGACCAGAGCAGCUCAAGGACAGUUGUUUCUUUAAGUCUGGUAAUCUUCAGUGUGCCAGGACUUGGAGGUUUGAGGAGUGUUUGUUUGGCUUGACUUUGGACGAACUCUUGCGUUGUUGCACCUGAGACUUCUCUUCAAAUAGGACAAAGCACCAGAAACAGCAAGGAAAGAGACGUGUCUUCUUCCAGCUGUGUCCACACUUGGUGUUGCAUUUGAUUUAAUUUAAUUUUGCACCCAUUUGGGCUUCUGUUCUGCCAAUGGCCGCUGUGCGUCAGAUGGUUAUGGAGGCGUCUGGCUUCCACGUCCUGCCGGCUCACCUUAUGGCCUCAGCCAUGGAGGAGUUCCCUCAGCAGCUGCCUGUCCCCAAAGGCCCAGCAAGGGGCAAGAGCCGCUCCCGCCGACCUCGGGAGGCUCGCUUCAAAACACAACCUGUCACCUUUGCUGAGAUCGCAGAGGUAGAAGAAGAGGGCUCCUCGCCCCUGGAGGAGGAGAGGGCACGCCGCUCCUUCCUGCAGUCCCUGGAGAACCUGCGGCGGAGCACACAGACCCUCCACUGCUCGCCGGCUGCCCAUCACAGCUGCAACCCCACACCCACACAGGUCAGCCUGGACUCCAGUGACUCCGACUCCACCCAGUGAAGGGUGGGGACGUGCCCAUCUCCUGGCGCCCGUGUUUCCUCGCUUCGCCUUGACGCCGCUUCAAAUGGAGGCCAACUGAACUGAACCAAACUGGCCUGUCUGCCAGCCUGCCUGUGUGUGUAAGCUGCUGCUGUCAGUCUGCAUUUAAUAUAUACUAACAUAUCAACAUACAGUAUAUAGCUCGAAGAUGCACAUCUGUAAAGGUCUCUACCAGUGCCACAGGCUGGUUAUACUGCUGUAUAGAUAUGACGAGUGAAAAGGUAGCAGAUGACGCUGCGUUGAUCACACUCUUCAAAUGUAUUCCUUUUCUACUGUAGAAGUCUAUGAGGAAAACUUGAAUGAUGAAAGUUGGUUGAUAUUUUUCCAUUUUAAAGUUGUAUAGACAGAUUUUUCUACUUGACCAGCCACCAUAGGAAGGACUGUUAAAUUAGUAUUGUGACUUACCACACUGUAAAUACUUAGACUACGCAAUGUACUGAGCAUCAGAGGUGACCCGGCCGUCACUGAAGCGGUAGCGUAUCGUUGUAUUUGUCAAGAGCUCCGUCACGCUCUUGUUUUCCAGCUUCACACUGAGUGAAAUCUCUGCUCUCGCUUCAAUUCCUGAGCAAAAACAAACUGCCUUUCUAAAUGUCUUUUAUUUAUUCUCUUAUUUUGUUCAUAACCAAGUGGAGUUGUAGAUGUGAUAUUUCAUUGCUCUUUCUGACUUCUAAAGUCACCUUGACUUUGAAAGAAGAUCAUAACCUUUAUACUUUAUAUUUGUUUUACUUUAUACAUAUAUGUUACAAUGUUUGUUAUAUGUACUUUAAUAAAUAUUUUCAAGUAUUUUAA